AAUACUUUAAAUGAGAUGUAAAUACGGUUGUUCAUUGAAUGAGUAACAUCUGAAAACAAACCCUCUUGCUACUCUGGUUUUCCUGAGAUGCUGUUUGCUGCCCUGUCAGCAGUCAGACCUGCCUCUCUGGAGAUGCAGAGGAGAACAUCUUCUUAAAAGACCUUCAGAAAGCAGUUCCUGACAUGGACAAGGUCUUUUGUACAGAUUGUAAGGAACAGAGAUUAGCACAGAGUCUCUGCCCUUACUGUAACAAAUGGCUAUGCUUGAGAUGUACUGAUAUACACCACCAUGCGAAAGAUAGGAAAAUGAACGUCUUGUCAGAAACUAAGAGGAUGCAACCCAAUACUGAAGCUGAAGAUCUGUCACAGGAACUCCUGUAUUGUCAGCGUCACAAUCGGGAACCUCUGCGUUUAUUUUGUGAAACAUGUGCCAUGUUGACCUGCAGUAGCUGCCACCUUUCAUCACACAAAAAUCACAGGCUUUUCCAUAUUGGUAAGGCCAUUCAGAACCAACAGAGGCUUUUUGAAAGUUUAACAGCACAAGUGGAGGACAAGAAAGCAACCAUAAAGAGUGCCACUAAACUAAUCGAAUCCAGGUUACAUGACAUAAAACUAAUGCGCAGAAAAACAGAAAACCAGAUUCAGAUGGCAAAGAUGAUAAUGAUGAAUGAAAUAAACAAACGAGCCAAUGUAUUAUUAGAACAACUUGAGAGGAUAACGGAUCAUCAUAAAUUGAGUCUGGAGUGCCAGCAGCAUGGAAUCAUUGACCUUUGUCAGCAGCUAGAGCAAGUGCAGAACUUUAUAAACUGGGCAACAGCCCAUGACAAGAGCAUUCCAUUCCUCUAUAGUAAGGAACUGCUUACAUUUCAGAUGCAACGUCUGCAUGAAUCCCAGCUCCAUGCAAAUAUGGGUCCUGCUAAUAAAAUCAACUUCUACUGGGAUGCCAGUUUCUGGACCAAGCAGAUUUCACUCUUUGGUCAGCUGACAACAGACACAGCUCACCAAGGCUUUCCAGACAAUGCUAACAUACAGCGACCACAACCUCUCAUUUGUCAAGGCCUGCCGGCAGCCCAACAUCACAGAACUGUAGAUCAAGCCAGUGAGUUCCAGCCAUGUUUUCAACAGCCGACCCCUCUCUAUUGUGGACAGUGCCAUCAUAGGCCUCAAGCUCUCCAAGAACAUCUUGCCCAACGGUGCAUGCACCUUACAGAAACAAACAGAGGGCACACGCGAUUGCAGCAACAGAAUCCCAUGGGUCAACAUGAACUAGAGCAGGGCAGGAGGUAUGGGAGGAUAAUUCCUUACCCCAUGAAGACAAUACAUCCCUGGAAAGCACCUCAACAAGCACAGCUUGAGCAGGAUCAGCAGGCAGGUAUGUGUAUGGGAACGCACUUACAAAUGAAGCAGUUGGAGCAAAGCGUCUAUCCAGUUAGCUGCACACUGCCGUCACACAGCAUUCACCAGCAGAUGCAUCUGCACCGGGCUCCACCAAGAAUGCAAGCCCCCCAGACACAUGUGGCACAGCAGCAGCCUGUGGUGCAGCUCAGCCAUUUGCAGCAGAUGCAACUUCUGCAGCAACGACACAUGAAGACAGCAGAGCCCCUGCUGCCUGACCAUGCAAUGCAGCAUGGUGUCCUGCAACCCAGCCAACUGGAGCAAAUGCAAAAAGGCACAAGGGUCCUGCAGCAGACUCAGGAGCCCAAGCUGCAGAUCAAUUACAUUGUGAGACAGCAGCCUGUUCAACCUCAGAAUGCUGUGCGACAUCAAAGCUUCCAGCCAACACAGGAUAGUGGUCAGGCUCAGCAGACUGAGCAGCUGCAACAGGAAGCUGAGCUCCAGCAACACGAUGAGAACCAUGGGAUGACUCAUGCAAGUGUGGUGAACCAAAUCAUUCCACAGCAGACGCCCUGUUCCGAAGCUACGAACGGGGUACAUUUCAUACCAGCACAGCCGCAGGAUUCCCAUGGCAGUAUGUUGUCCUGCACACUGCCAUUACCCAGCCAUUCAGCAUCAACACUUUCAAAGCAAAACACAGAGGAUUGUGCAUCAGGAGCCACUGCUGACAGGGAUUCUGCCUCGAAGAAAAUGGCCGUGCCAGCCAACCAACCCCUGAGCCUCACAUCAAAAAUAACUGACCUAAUAUCUGAGAAAAGGGCUCAUGAAAACACCCAGCAAGAUUCAGCACCUUUCCCAAGGCCUGAAACACACUCAUUCCCUGAAGAACUGCACAGUGGGACGACUGAUAACCUAGCAACACAUAACAGGGACCAAGGGAGCAUGGAUUUCAAGGAAGCUGACCGUGUAUUAACAAAAGGACGAAUUAAAGAGGACGGUGAAAAUACAUUAGAUGAACCAAUAAAUUUGUCUUUCGAAGAACACCAGUUAUUUGAAACGCCACCCAUGUGCUCUGCUGGUCUUCGUAUCUCUCCUGUAACAGCUGGCAGCAUCUUUGAAGGUGAAGAUAAUGAAAUUAAUGGAAAUGCAUCACAGAAUAUUAUCAGAGUACCUGAAAAUGUGAUGGUCCCGUUCGUCAAGCUGGAACGUUUGAAAAUUUGUCAAGGUGCUGGUCAACUACCAGUGUUCAAACUGCAGCCAGACUGCAGCCAGACGGAUAGCAGCUAUUUCAUCCUGAUGGAAGUGAAAAACGAGACUCCAGCAGCAACUGCACAAGUAUGGGAAACGGGUAACACUGCUCAAGAGGUUAAUAUGAAUAUGACAGCCCUUCUUGGUGACACAGUCCACCCUCCACAGACCAACCAUUUGCAGUCACAAGAUAACCCUAACCAUGAACCACUGGACACUUCAGACUUGCACAGGCUCGCUCAAAGCUGUGAUCCCAAAGACCCAGAGCCAGUGCCGCUGUGUGGUGACAAAGAGGAACCUCCCUGUACAAAUCUGCCUGAGGAAAUGGAGGAAGCCAGUGUCAUGGAGAACGAGGAUUUCUGUGCAGUCUGCCUCAAUGGAGGAGACCUGCUGUGUUGUGAUCGAUGCCCCAAGGUUUUCCAUCUCUCCUGUCAUAUGCCUUCACUGCUGAGCUUCCCAGUGGGUGAGUGGGUAUGUUCACUGUGCCGUAACCUGCAGAUUCCAGAGAUGAUAUACGACUGUGAAAACACUCGCCUGAUUCGAGAACAUAAAGGGAAAAGGCCACAGUACGGGCUUUCACUCUAUGACCAAAGGAAAUGUGAAAGACUGACUCUCCACAUUUACUGCAACACCCUCAGCUUGCCUUUCCAUGAGCCUGUUAGUCCUUUGGCACGCCAUUACUACCAAAUAAUAAAGAAACCAAUAGACCUGUCUGUUAUAAGAAGCAAACUGAACAAGAGGAGCCCUCUCUGUUAUUACACCCCUGAGGAGUUUGUGGCUGAUGUUUUCCUGAUGUUCAGAAACUGUGCAAAAUUUAACUAUCCAGAUUCCGAGGUGGCCCAAGCAGGGAGGAGCCUGGAGGCUUUCUUCAAUGAGAAGCUCAAAGAGGUGUUCCCAGAUAAAGUCUUUCAGGAUUUGACGGAUGACUCAGAUCCAGAAGAGUUUGAUGGUGUGUAUAAGGUGGGCGUGAAUGGCUUUCUGUGGCCACCGGAGGAAAAGGAAAAGGAGCCCUGUCACAUCAAACGAAGACGGCGGAACUCUGUUGGCUGCAAAAAACAUCAGGUUUAACCAAGAACAGUGCUGAAUAUAAGCUUUCUGGAAGUGAUAACAACCCACAUUGACCCCAUAUAUCCAAUCUGCUGAAGGGGCAAUUGCAAGUGUUCUUAAUAUGCGAUUUCACAAACGUGAUUCUUAACUCCUCUGAUUUUAAUGAGGAAUGUUCCUAUCGGCAAAUGGAUGUGUUUUUUCUUCACGCCUUCUUUUAAGGGACUUACAUGUAUCUCUUAAUAUAUAUGGAUUCUUAACCUGUUUCUGUUUUUUUAAAGAUGUGCAUUAGAAUGUAAUUGUUUAUGGAAAUGGUAAUGUUUAAAAAAAAAAAAAAAAACCUCAGGUUUUGACUGCCAUUGCUGUUAAAUCUCUUUUUUUUAACAGCUAAUCACUUGCAUGCAACAGCUUUUUAAUAGACCAAUUAACUAAAACAUUAUUUGUUAAACAGGCGACACCACUUAUUUCACUGCAGAUUGCAGGGGGAUUACAUUUUACAUUCUGUUAUAAUCUCUGUGUUUUUAUUUUCUCUCUUUUUAAUAUUUCGUGUUGACUUUCUGUAACGAGAACAAUAACAUGGCCAGCAGAACUGCAGUUUCUAUUUUGUACAACAGGUGGCAGUAAGGCUUCAGACUUACAGUAUGCAAAAUGAUGUAUUAGUCCAAGCGGAGCAUGAGGGCUGUAGAGAGGCCAUCAAGAAGUUUGAAUGUUCUCUUACAAAUAAAACUUUGAUUUAUUUUUCUUUC